UGGAGUAGCACGCGGUGUCAUAAUUGUCAAUUAAAUACCAAUAAUUCCAUAUUUCUGAUGAACAAUCGCGAUGGCAAUGCUUGACAAAUCAAAUAUUGUGGACUUUUCUAGCCGACCAAGGCGUGUUCAUCAAACUGCAGGGCGAAACUACGACGGGGAAGGUGCAAGAACUCUCGAACUUCGGGGUGUUCUGGACGUGCUCAGUGCUUACACUGGUUAUGAAGGAGGAAUCAACUGUAGCAUGUGUGGAAAGCUGUACAAGAGCAAGGUCUGCUUCAUAAAGCAUCUGUGGGAACACUCUGUGUACUGGGACCUGUUUCCUGGCGAUAAAAACCAUGAGCGUGUUCUUGCCAUCCAAGCUGCCCUCAUCCUAUAUUCCCACUAUCUGGGGGUGUCCCAGGAGGAUGCAGAAAGGCUUUGUGAUCUGCUAGUGACAUCACCAAACUCUCAUGAAAAUGGGCAGACAUCAACGUCAAACUCAGACAUACCAAUGACUUCAAGACUGCACACAACACCAAAGAAAAAUGGCCGACCUGGGCCUUACCAGUACCCAACCACACCGUCAAAGUUUGAAAAAGAGACCCCGCCCGACCCUUAUCCCGUUACCCCACUCCGUGAAAUGGAACCUAAACUUGUUUGUCCCGGUGCUCCUAGGAAAGACAAGCGUAAGGCUUCGCAUAUGAAAAUUCAGCGCACUGCAAGACGAAGACGGCGUCUGUUGCUAGAAUAAAUGGUUUUGUUUUUGUAUCUUUAGUAUUAGUGUAUUUUUUUAUAUGCUGUUAUGUUGUUUUGUUACUCAUUGAUCUGACACUUAGUGCUAUUUUGUUAAAAGGUGAAAUACAAAAAUAUAAUUUUGAAUUUGUUAAAUGUGUUUAGCUAUUUUAAGUUUCCAAGAUUUGUUUUUAAAAUUUAACCUGUAUAGUUUCAUUAAAAAGGAAAAAAGUUGUUCAUAUAGUCGAAAAAAAGGUCUUAUUACCGGUAAUCAGUAUUGAAAAUGCUCCAUUCUGAUUUUUUUGAAUUUUUUUAAGUCACAAGUGGCCUUGCUUUUUAUAAGUUUUAUACCUACAUUAUAAUUGGUAGACUUUUAAAUAUGGUACGAGAUCAAUGAUCUGUAUAUAUAUGUUUUCCGGGGCCAAAUAAUUGCCUUACAUUUGAUAAUGUGAUUGUUCGUGUUGUGUUUAGCGCCAUCCUAUGCAUUUUAGGUACUCCUGUAUAAAAUGUAAAUACCUGUUUAGAGUUUAUGACAUGUUCAGCCUUUGUUUAACUGUAACUAGAUGUAUUGUUUGAUCAUUUCUGUAUAGAAAGAAAAUUGUGCUAAUUUGUUUAUGCUGUAGUGCUGUCUGUCAAUUUGUUAAUUCUAAAAAGUGAAUUGUGACAAAAAAACAAGUUUAGCUAAAGCAUAAUUUUUUAUUGACUCGAUAGGUUAUUUCAGAAUUAUAUUGCAAUAUAUUUCAUAUUCUUAUAAUCUAAAAAGCAGUAUCAUUACUUUCGGUUAAUAAUUAAUAACACUGUCAAUAAAAGAGACUCUUUCAUGUUCUAGAAGGUCAAAUGUUAAAACAAAAAUAUGAGAAUGGGAAGAAAACGCUUGUGUCAAUGAUAAAACAUUUUCAAGAUUUCAAAAUAAUGCUCUAAUGUUAAAAAUCAUUUAUUUCUUUUGAAAUUUGAAAAAAACCACUUGUUUCAAUGAUCAAACAUUGUAAAAAGUUUACACUUGAUCAAAAAUUAUAAUAAUUUAAAAUGUGACAGAAAUUUCUCUAUUUUGCUAUGUGAUGCAUGUAUGUAGUCAUGCUAUUGAAUAAUUGAGCUUUUAGGCUUGGAUUUACGAAAAUCUACUUAAAAACAAGACUUACUGCCAGUGCGGUUAAGGGUUUAUACCGAAAAGUAAGUUAAAUUACUUUAUUUCAAUAAUGUUUAACAAUCUCUUAGUUGCAUCAUUAGUUCUGAAAAAUAUCAAUUUACAAUUUAUAACAGGUCUACCGGUAAUAGUUUUUGCAGCCCUCCAUGUAGAUUGUUUUUUAUACUGAUAUUGACCUGUUUAUAGUAGUAUGCGAUGUGUUAUGUGCAAUUAAUUUUUAUUAUUUGUUCAAAAUUUGGAUUAAAAUCUAAUUCUUUGAAAGGUUUAGAGGGAAGACACCUUUUAAUGAGAUUUUUUAUGAUGUAUGCAAUGUUAUUAUCAAGUGAAUUUGCUUUCAGAAGAAUGUGUUCAAAUAGAUCAAUUUACAUUUAACAGAAAACAGUUUGGUACAAAAUGUGUUCAAUAAUCGUACAAAAUGUGUUCAAUAAUCGUGCAAAAUGUGUUCAAUAAUCGUGCAAAAUGUGUUCAAUAAUCAUGCAAAAUGUGUUCAAUUAUCAUACAAAAGGUGUUCAAUAAUCAUUAAAUACAAUGUACAUGUAGAUUACUUAGUUAUAUAAAUUGAUUACUAAAGUAAUAGUAAACAUCAUGCUUUUGGCCAAUAUAAAUCAUUUGCUAGAUUUUCAUCCGAUUUUUUUUUCUAAAUCAGGGGCGUGAGGUGACUUUAUUUUUCAUUUUUCUUGGAUGACCGUUUCACAGUUGAACAUGUGUUCAUGCUCUUUUAUUUUGUAUAAGGGACUAUAUACAUGUACCAAGAACACGAUCAUAACAGCUCUCCUUUCUUACAUGUGAAUGUUAAACAUCGACUCUGUAGGUAUGAAUAAACGCUGUUCCAAGACACUUCAGGACAGAUACACAAAUGGAGACCUAGUUCAACAUUUUAAUUAAGUCAAUCAAAUUUAUAAACGGCAGAAAAAAGGAAAACACAAGCGGGGAUGAAAAUCUAGUAAUUAAUUUAUAGCCGUCUCGUGAUUCUUUUUUUAGCAAUAUGUGAAGGUUUACUUUCAAGUGAAUUUGCUUUCAAAAUAAUGUGUUCAAAUAGAUGACUGUACAUUUAACAGUGUACAGUUUGAUACAAAAUGUGUUCAAUGUUCAUUUAAUGCAAUAUUCAUGUAGAUUACUUUGUUACAUGUAUAUAAAUUGAUUACUUUAGUAUCAGUAAUAAACUAAUAAUUAUGCACUGAAAUGGCUCGUUCACAUUUUAUAGGGUCGAACUUUAAAAAACAAAUGAGCUGACGAUAAUAAAACAUUGAAAGUUUAAAUUAGUGCUCUUUUAUAAAUUGUGGUCUUAAAAUAUGACAAAAAUGUUCUAUUUUGUCACAAACUUAGGAAGCUAUUGAAAAACUAACAUUUGUAGGUAAAGACUUCCAAAAUUUUGUACCUGAGUACCUGCCAUUUGCUUUUUAGUUUUUGCUCAAAGGAAUUAAAAAUAAUAAAAAUGUAAUUAGUUUAAUGUUUAAAAAUAUUUUUUGGGGGUGGGCUCUUUUUGAAGUCUUGUAAAUGUGUAAGCUAAGUAAUCAGUAUAUUUUUGCAUGUAUAUAUGUUUGUGAUAAGUAGAAUCUAGUGGCAUUAGACUGUAGUUUUUGUACAGGACUAAUCAUGUUAUCAUGUGCUUAAAAGUUGCAUUGUGAAUUUGUUGAGUAGAUUUAGUAAAAAUUCUUUUUAUAAAUUUCUUAUGACAUAUAAUCAAUAAAUAAAACAAGUACUUUAAAUUGAAUAAAAUGAUAAUUGUUAAACAUUCGAUGACAAAACCUGCAAAAUUGACUUAAUAUCGGGGCUCGUAUUUAUAAAGCAUCUUAGUUGUUUCCAAACUUCAGUCACUUUCCAGAUUUAAGUAUCUCAUUGGUCAAAAGAUACAAAAACUUAAUAAUUUCUGUUAUACAAUAUUUAAUUUUUGGUAUACAAUAUUUAAUUUCUGGUAUACAAUAUUUAAUUUCUGGUAUACAAUAUUUUUAUUGCAUUUUAUUUAAAAUUGAACAUUCUUUAUGCCAAAAACAAUUAAACAUUCCGUUUUGUCCACCACAAAAUUUUAUCAAGAAAUCAACACAAGUUAAAAAAUAACUUAAGAUACUUUAUGUAAACUGCCCCUGAUAUACGAAUAAGCUUGCUAUCGACAGUAAUGUUAAAUGUUCAGGCCUGGUUAAUCCAUAUAUAUGGGAAGGUAUUUUCAAGUUUUCCAAUUAUUUUUUUCAGUUAAUCAGCAGUUAUUGAUUUUUAUCAGGUGAAGUGUUAGAUUUAAACAGUGGCUGGCCCAGUGAGUGGGAAGCUUAUGCAAUAAAAUGUUGACAACUAAAUUUUUCAAGGAUUAACUGCGUCGCAUCAAACACAUCAUUUAAUUUUUUUUAAAAACAUACUAACAAUCGUUUAACCAAUGUAAGAUAUUUAAGAAUGAUUUCCCACCAUUUACUCAGACUAUAACUGCACCUGUGACAAUAAUAUUGUAGUUCUGUUAAAUUGUUGGGUUAGAAUAGAAUGGAAUUCAUCACACUCUGUUAUACAAGUGAAAAAAAGAAACUUUGAGUGAUGUUUCAAAUAUUCUUAACAGAGACAUUUGCUGAUAAACAUUAUGUAUGUUCAUAUUAAUGUAACUAGGAAUCAGAAAAAAAAGUAACUCCCAUAACUGUUAAUUUUUCUUAGUUCAUUUUUGUUCUGCUUUAAUAUAAGCAACUUCUUGUACCUAACUUUCUAUCUGAUACGAAAUUCUCGCUAUAAAGGCUUUGUACUAUAUCAGCACUUUUCUAUUUAGGCUCCAAUUUUCUGUUUUUCAUACCGUGUUUAAUUUGUUUCUGGAAAACCUUUGCUUUUUCAGAGAAAAUAUAUGCCAGUUUAUGUAGUUAGUUUAAAGCCAUUUGGGUGAUAUGCAUUUGAUUUUUAUCCUUUGAGUAAAUGUUUUAUUUCUACUGUAAAUAUUGUUAAGACUGUUUUGGGGAAAUGUUUGUUCGAUAUGCAUGGAAUAAAUCUGCAUUUUUC